UUUUUUCCUUUUUUCGGCUAUUUCUUGUAGGCAUUUUAUCCAUUUGGCAUUUUGUCAUUUACCAUUUUUUAAUCAUUUUUCCUUAUUGUCUUUUUAAGCUCUUUUUUUUAUUUCCAGCGGAGUUAAACUUUAUUCAUUUUUCUGUCAAUAUUCCUUAAACGCUGUAAACUAGUUACUUUAUAAAUAUUUUCUCUGUUCUUGUCUGCCUUUUUCUCUUUGAAAUGUGUACUUUCUCUUCCCUUUUUUUGCCUUAAUAGAAAAAUGCUGUUAAGCCUCCGGCAUUUCAACAUUGCCAUUAAUUAUAGUAACGACAUUUUCUGUUAUUGCUACUACUAAAAUUCCUUUGCGGCACUUUUUCUUUUAAUAAAAAUUCCCUUUUUAUAACGUUCUUAAUUUUCUAGUUGAUUUUUAAUAUUUUUAAUAAAAAUGUUGUGACAACAAAUGAUUACAAAUACAUCUUUACUUCACGACAAUAAUGUCUUUUUUAAUGGGUCUUUGGCUCACAGCGUUGCUGGCCUUUGUACUUGGGCAGCACUUUUAAUUACCAGUUACCAAAUUUAUCAGCAUUUAAGAUGGUAUUCUUGUCCCAGUGAACAAAGAUGGAUUAUUCGAAUUCUUUUUAUUGUCCCAAUUUAUGCAUUUGACUCUUGGCUGUCUCUUUUAUUUUUCUCAAAUGAUGUUUAUAUCUACUUCAAUUCUAUUCGUGAUUGUUAUGAAGCCUUUGUCAUCUACAGUUUCCUCAGUCUCUGUUACGAAUAUUUAGGUGGCGAAAGUAAUAUAAUGAACGAAAUACGCGGCAAACCAAUUAAACCAACAAAUAUUUGGACUUUUACUUGUUGUUUGGCGGGGAAACAAUAUACAAUUGAAUUUUUACGGUUUUGUAAAAAGGCUACUUUACAAUUUUGUUUAAUUAAACCAAUUAUGGUGGUGCUUACUUUAAUGUUGAUGAUGGUUAGAAAAUAUGAGGAUGGAAAUUGGAGUAUUGAUCAAGGCUAUAUUUACAUCACAAGUGUUUAUAAUAUUUCUGUUUCUCUGGCACUUUAUGGUUUAUUUCUUUUCUACACUGCCACAAAAGAUUUAUUACAUCCAUACAAUCCUGUUUUAAAAUUUUUGACUGUAAAGUCUGUCAUCUUCCUUUCAUUUUGGCAAGGGUUCCUCCUUGCCGUACUUGGCGCUACUUCAGCCAUUGAUCCAAUUUAUGAUUCAGAAGGAAAUGAAGUAAUUAGUAGAGGAACAGUUGCAGCUGGAUAUCAAAACUUUUUUAUUUGUGUUGAGAUGUUUUUUGCUUCAAUUGCUUUACGGUUUGCUUUUGAUGCAUCAGCUUAUAUGGAUGCACAUACAAUAAAUUCUGGUGAAGAACCACGAGCCAUGACUCUCCAAAGUAUUUCUAGUUCGUUGAAGGAAACAAUGAAUCCACGUGACAUAAUGCAAGAUGCCAUACACAACUUCCACCCUCAAUAUCAACAAUACACACAGCAUUCGAACCCUUCACGUUCGGCGAGUUAA